CAUCAUCGACGCAUUCCCUAACCUUCCUGGAUGAAUAAAGUAAUUCCAUUCAUUCUACUCCGCGUUGCGAAGCGACAAGGGGUGAACGCGACUUGCGGACAGUCACAGUAUUUGCCCUCUGAUGAUUCGGCAUGCGGUGGACGGGAGCGUUCUUCGAAAAAGACCGAUAACGAGCUUCGGCGCCGCGUUGCUCGGCGGUGCGUGGACGAGUAGAAAUCGCAUCGUAAUUGCUUGUGAUAGACACCCGCCGCAGCGAUGGCUGUUGCCGACGCGGUCGUGUGCAACCACGGUCGCUCCGGAGGAUUUUACACUCGAUGAUUCUUGUCCCCUUUGUCGACAGUUCCGCCAAGGUCCUUGCGCCGCCCCGUUUAAUUCCUGGUACGCCUGUACCGAACGGGCCAAUGCCGCAUCACAGGACCACGUUGCCGUGUGUAGCGAAUCUUUUGCGGCUUUUCACGCGUGCGUCGCAUCGAACGAAACAUUUUACGAUCGCGCGACGGGUCCGGACCAGUUCCAUUCCAGCGGUCCGGACGAAAGUGCCGCCACCGCCACGGAUGUAUACACUUCCAGCUGCGAAGCCUGGCAGGAACUCAUUGAUAACGAUCUAGCAGAUGUCAAGCGUUUGGAUUUUCCAUCGCAUUUACGCCCGGUUUGGCGAACGUCAGCGGACUCGCGGCUUUCGGCUGAGUUUGUCGUACGAGACCUCGUCUUGGUUUAUGUGGAAGCAUUGGAGAGCGACAAUAGCCGAAUUAUGGGUGCGCGACUAAUUGCGGCCGGUGCCAAGGCGGACAUGACGGUAAUACGUGAUAGAAAGGAAACCGACCUUGUCAGCUUUGCUAUUCCCAGCGCGUCAAAUAGAUGGCUACGUAUUUCGGCCGUUUACGAAGAUUCCGACGACGUAGUGGUCUAUGAGAUGACUCUCCGAGUUCCUUGAGUAACAAGUUCCCUAUUCC